UCGGUCAUAAUUCACAUUUUUUUUAAAGUUACUCAUACAAAUAUUAACCAUUAUAUCACAUCACGCUCAUUAUAUGAAUUUGAUGUGACAUGACAUGGCAUGAUCUGAUCUUGGUUUCAACAUUCUUUCAUCUUUUAUCUUUCUUUGGUUGCUCCUCAAAUCUUUGGGCCAUUUGAUCUUGUUUCUAUCAAAUUUGAGUGGCUGUUGAGUUUUUGCAGUUGUAUAGCUUCAGUGGGUUCAGUUGGGGUUGAUUAGAUUUGCCAAGUUUGGUUAUUUUAUGAUCUGGUAAAUUAAAGCCUUGGUUUGUGAUUUUUGAGAGAUGGGGAGUCAGUGCACUAAGCUUACACGUUGUUGCGUAGAUUCACAGUUCAAGGCAGCUGUUGUUGAAGUUCCUGAUGUUGGAAAUGAAGAUAAGAGUGAGGUUAAUGACUUGCCUACAUUCCGCGAAUUCACACUUGAGCAGCUGAAAAAUGCAACAUCUGGUUUUGCAGUACAAAAUAUUGUGUCUGAGCAUGGGGAGAAGGCUCCCAAUGUUGUUUAUAAAGGGAAGCUUGAAAAUCAGAGGAGGAUUGCUGUUAAGCGAUUCAAUAAAAUGGCCUGGCCUGAUGCUCGACAAUUUUUGGAGGAAGCGAGAUCUGUUGGCCAGCUACGGAGUCAUAGAUUGGUAAAUUUGCUUGGUUUCUGUUGUGAAGGUGAUGAAAGGGUGCUUGUGGCAGAAUUUAUGCUCAAUGAGACACUUGCAAAACACCUUUUCCAUUGGGAAACUCAACCUAUAAAAUGGCCGAUGAGAUUAAGAGUUGUUCUACAUCUUGCAGAAGCUUUAGAAUACUGCACAAGUAAAGGGCGUGCCCUUUACCAUGACCUUAAUGCCUAUAGAAUUUUGUUUGAUGAGGAUGGUAAUCCAAAACUUUCCAGCUUUGGCCUCAUGAAAAACAGCAGGGAUGGAAAAAGUUAUAGUACGAAUCUGGCUUUUACUCCUCCUGAGUAUUUGAGAACUGGGAGAGUAACACCAGAGAGUGUAAUAUAUAGUUUUGGCACUCUUUUGCUUGACCUUCUCAGUGGAAAGCAUAUCCCCCCAAGUCAUGCCCUUGACUUGAUACGGGAUAGAAAUCUUCAGAUGUUGACAGAUUCUUGUUUGGAAGGACAGUUUUCCAGUGAUGAUGGGACUGAGUUAGUACGCCUGGCUUCUCGAUGUUUACAGUAUGAACUCCGAGAGCGGCCAAGUCUGAAAUCCUUAGUCGCUGCUUUGACUCCUCUUCAGAAGGAAAAUGAUGUUCCUUCUCAUAUCUUGAUGGGUAUCCCACAUGGUGCUUCAUCCUCUCCUUUGUCACCAUUUGGCGAGGCUUGCUCUAGAAGGGACCUGACAGCCAUAAAUGAGAUCUUAGACAAUAUUGGCUAUAAAGAUGAUCAAGGAGUGGCAAAUGAGCUCUCAUUCCAAAUGUGGACAGAUGAGAUGCAGGAGACUUUAAAUACAAAGAAAAAGGGUGAUUCUGCUUUCAAGCAGAAAGACUAUAGAAUUGCAAUUGAGUGUUACACUCAGUUCAUUGAUGUGGGAACCAUGGUUUCCCCAACUGUUUUUGCCCGGCGGAGUCUGUCCUAUCUCAUGAGUGACCUGCCUCAGGAAGCUCUAAGUGAUGCAAUGCAAGCCCAAGUCAUUUCCCCUGUAUGGCACGUGGCAUCGUAUCUUCAGGCUGUUGCCCUUGCUACACUUGGAAUGGAAAAUGAAGCACAUGCUGCGCUCAAGGAGGGUACAAAUCUUGAAGCUGAGAAAAAUGCAAACUCUGGACAAAAGUGAGACGUAACAUGCUUUCUGGUGGUUGAUGAAUCUCCUCAAUCCUAUCUUUUUGUGGUUUUAUAUUUCUGAAGAUAACCAUGUGGCACCUAUUGUGGGAUCUUCACUUCCAUGGACAUCAGGGUAGUGAAAGCUUCACUCAACUCCUUCUGUGAAGAAAGCAAUUCUUCUUGCUGAUGAUUUUUUAUGAUGAUAUCUUGGAGUUGAGGUGUCUCAAUAUAUGGUUUUUUUUGGUGGGCUUUGGCAUUUCUUUCAUGUAGGUAUGCAAGUUCAUUCAUUCUUUGUGUGGUUUGCUCCAUUAUGCAUGUAUUGAUUCCAAAAUUUUUUCCUGCUACUUUCAUUAUAAACUAGAAUUUUUUUUUUUAAAAGGAAGUUGAUGAGACAGUGGAAAAACAUCUCUAACAAUGUAAUUCAUGUAAAAGAUACAUCCAGUCCCUAGCUAUUUCUUGCUAAAUGAUGUUGAUUGUUUUAGGCAUUGAACUUAGUUUGCUGUCAUUAGCAGGGAUGUCAAUGGAUAUCUAUUUAGUCGGAUUUUUCUA